AUGAGCGACAACCUCCAGGACCAAUUCUCGUUGUCAGUGAGUCCUACUCAAUCACCAAACCACGAUAUAGUGGCUGCACAAGAUGAAGCUUUACGGACACUUGAUUUCGAGCAUGAACAUGAGGAGGAUGAAGAUGAAUAUUUGGGACGAGUGUCCGGUAUUGGAGAGGGCGAAGCUGAAGGUCAGGACGAUCUAGACAUGAUUGAGCAAGAGCAAAACGAACGAGAAGAUGGAAGCGAAGCAGAAGACCCAAAACUCGACGAUGCAGAAAGAGAAAGUACAGCUAUCCACGUAUACCAAGAAACACAUCCAGAUCGUGAACAACGACACGUUGGGGGCAGAGAGAUCGGCGAGCAUGAAGCUAUCUGGAGUGUAUCUUCAUUUCGACCACAUUGGGGACCUGAUAAAUUACGAGACAAUAACGCACUUACCUAUUGGCAAUCUGAUUGUCCAAAUCCGCAAUUGAACCAUACCAUUGACCUGGCAUUCCACCAAGCAACACUUAUAAAACAAGUUUCUAUUUUCAUUGAUUACUUUCAGGAUGAAAGCUAUACCCCAAAGACAAUUAUGGUUCGAGGAGGCACAACCUACAGAGACCUUCAGGAACUGGAUAGAGUGGAAUGCGAAGAGUUUGUUGGUUGGGUGAAUAUAGAUAUUGCAUCAAAAAAUGAUGGAAACCCUUUUCGUGUAUUUAGGCUACAGAUCGCAAUCUUGAACACACAUUUGAAUGGUAGAGAUACUCAUAUUCGCCAGGUGAAGGUCUACUCUGUUAUUCCAUCUCAUUUUGGUGGAGAACCCAAGCAAAUAGAGCAAGAGCAGAUUACGUCCAAGAAGCUAACGCUUAAUAGAGGUUUGCGAUGA